CAUUAAUCACCACCUCCAGUCUCUCCUCUCCCUCUAUUACCAUUUUCGUAUCCACCACUGAGAGCCUCAUCUGCAACUCUUCCAGUCACAUCAACAACAUCAACACAACCACUGACAACGAGAUCCUCAUCCACAACUCUUCCGACCACAUCAAACAAUAUCCACGCACACAUUGACCAAGAGAGCCAUUGAUCCAAUCCACAACUCUUCCGACCACAUCAAACAAUAUUCACGCACACAUUGACCAAGAGAGCCAUUGAUCCGGUGUCAACCACCAUCUCCACCACCAUCUCCUCAUCUCGAGCAACCACCUUAGUAUCCACCAUCUUCAUAUCCAUAACCACCUUCCUAAGUCAUCAUAAUUAAUUUCAUCGGAACUCAGAUCUCCUCAGCGACUCAACCACAAUCCCAGAUCUCCGCUGAAGCUUCAAAAGCUCACUGCUCUCAACUUCAGUCUCAAUUCGAAUCUUCUUGACGGAUUAAUUGCCUUAGUCACCGGAGCUGGAUUUUGGAAUUCACUCUCCUCUGUGACUUCAUUAAACUCUCCAAAUCUCCUCUGUUCAAGUCCAGAAAGCUUGAAUUUGCUUCUAGUAAUAGCCAUGGUAGCUUAUCCACGGUAAAUCCCAAGCUUAUCACAAUCGAUUUAUUGACAAAGUUUGUUUCAUCACACUCAUCGAUUUGGAUUAGGAUCUGAACAUUUGGGAAAGUAAAAUGGAAUGAGGAGAGAGGGUUACAAAAACAAAAUUAGGAGAGAUGAUGAACUUCCGUAAUGAAUUAGAAAAGAAGAGAAAAGAAAAAGUGAAAUUUGGUCUAAGGGUAUUAGAGUCUUUAGACACAUAUAAUGUGUGUGGAAAGUUCAAUGUGUCUCCAAGUGUAAUUGGAAACUCAUAAAGUGUCCUUGGGUGUAAAAUUUUUUAUAUAUUACAUCACAAAAGUAUCCCAAAAACAAAUUCAUAAACAUAGUUUCAUAUAUAAAGUACUAAAUCAGUGACAAAACAUUAGUUUCCAUACACAAAAAAAAACAAAUGAACCGAUAGUUUACAUCUUCUGAAGAAUUGGCUUGAUCAUCAUAUUUAUAAUUGUAGUAGCAGAAUUUUGAAUACCUUUCAUGACUUAUGGCGAGAUUUUGCUUCUGAUAUAAGCAGACACAAGCAAUUGACAAAACAAUAAUGAAAUUGUGUUUUUGGUUUGCAGGUUAAGACAGGGAAAGGAAAAAACCUAAGAAAAUAAGAAGUGCAAGUGUCCAGGACAAAAAAAAAAAAGAGAAACACGUUAGUCAGAAAAAUUUGUUAACUUUGUGAAUUUUAAUUCUUUUUGAUUUAUUGGGCUAUUGCAUUAAUGUAUUCUUUGGCUCAUUCAAAUGGAUUUUGGUUGUUUAAACCAACGCGAUAUUGCCAAAUAUGUGUGUGAUCUCAUUUAAAAAAUAAUAAUUAUAUGAUGUAUAUUAGAUUUUUUUUUUCUAAAUGGGAUCUUUGAAAAAUAGAGGCCAAAGACAAAUGUUUCAAUGGGUUUGGUCCAGGGCCGGCCAUGUUGACUGAUCUACGGCAACAUUACAUAUAAGAGUAUUUAGUAACUAAAACCCUCAACUAAAGAUAAAUCGUAAAAAAAAUCUUCAACUAAAAAUCUUGUGAAAUUAACCCUCAACUUUAGUUUUGUUAACAUAUAUUACCCUCCGUCUAAAAAACCGUGACAGAGGAUGUCAUACAUUAAUGGUUUAGAAGUUGAGGGUUUAUAAUGUUGAAAACUUAGUUGAGAGAUUUUUUUACGAUUCAAAAAUAGUUAAGGGAUUUUAUCAUUAAAAGUGAUUUAAUAUUUUAAAAUAUUUAUUAUCAUUUAUACAUUGUUUUAGAUUGAUUUAUAAGCCUUUAAAACUAAUUUAUAAAUUUCAAUACAUUAAUUUAUUAUAAAAUUAAUUUAUGCAUCCUAAAUUAAUAAUUUUAAACACUACUUACAGUUUAAUAUAACUUCAAAGUAUUAUAUUAUUUGAUAUUUGACAAUAGUGAUAUAAGAAAAUUUUUGUGUUUAUAUUAUCAUUGUCAAAUAUCAAAUAAUUUAAAGUUUCUAAGUUAUAUUAAGUCUUACAAAUUGUGGAGGAUAAUUCAUACAUGAAAUCAAUCUUUCUAUUUAGAGUUAGGACACACUUUUUCAUAUUUUCAUGAUUUUUGACAUCUGGUUCAUACUUUCUCCUAUCCCAAAAAAUAAUGCAUGAUUAUUUUUAUUCCAAUCCGUUAUAUUUUUGUUUGUUUUCUUGAUCAAUAAAAUAAUAUAUUUGAUAUAUUAUUUUUGAGUUAUUGUAUUACUUUAUGUUUCAAUAGUAUCAUAAUGUUAGAUUAUUUUAUCCUAAAAAUAGCAAUAAUUGUAAGAACUUAUAAAAUAAUUGUGAAUCCAUAUUAAUCAUAUGUAAAAGUAUUAAAUGUUUAUGAAGAUUUAUAAAUCGGUUAUAAAGUAGUUUUAAAGGCUUAUAAAUCAAUCUAAAACAAUAUAUAGAUGAUAAUAAAGGCUUAAAAUUUAAAGGCUUAUAAAUUAGUUUUAAAGGUUUAUAAAUCAAUCUAAAAAAAUUAUAAAUGAUAAUAAAUAUUUUAAAAUAAUUAAUGACUUUUAGUGAUAAAAUCCCUCAACUAUUUUUGAAUCGUAAAAAAAACUCUCAACUAAGUUUUCAAUAUUAUAAACCCUCAACUUAUAAACCGUUAAUGUAUAUAACCCUCCGUCACAUUUUUUUUAGACGGAGUGCAACAUAAGUUAACAGAAUUAAAGUUGAAGGUUUAUUUCACGGGAUUUUAAAAAAAAAAAAUUUACGAUUCAUCUUAGUUGAGGGGUUUAAUUACUAAAACCCUAUAUAUAAUCACAAACUGUGCUUUUAGACUGUAUGUCGUAUCAAUCAGAGGAAACCGACAUGCAUCCGGUAUAUAAUCUAAAGUUUUUGCUGUGGUUAAAUUUAAUAUGCAUAAUCCAAACUUGUAAAAUUGAUUGCGCUUGUAUCUAUUCUGCAAUAUAAAACGUGAAGCUACAUAUAUAAAAGUAAAUAUAUGUAGCAGUGAUUUUUUUUUUUUGAGAUCAAGUGAAUUUCAGUUGAUCUAAGAUAUGCAUAUUGAUGUAUGUGUAGCAAUAAGUUGAACCGAAAUUUUGCGAAGACACAAGUUAAAACGCUAGAUCUAUUAACAUUUGUUGACAAAAAAAGAUCUAUUAACAUUUGAUUUAUUAUAUGAACCAGAGUUGUCUAACAGCACACACAAGUAGAACAGUCGAAUAGGACCCUGAAAUAUAAAAAUAAAAGAUUGAAGGAUUUUUCAAAAUAUAUAGAUAACUUAUGGUAAGAAACUUUAAAAUUUUAGAUAUAAUGCUAAAUUUAUAACUUAUAAUUAAAAAAAUCGGACAAAAUUAUUAAAUUUUAAAAUUACUUGAUAAAAUGUACGAUUAAAAAAAAAUUUGAACAAGACUUAAAAUUAAUUUGAGACGGUCCUGAUAUGAACUAUUACGAGAAGCUUCCACGUGCGUGCAGUAGUUUUGCUAGUGUUUUUUUCUUUUAUUUAUGCUAAUUUAUUUUUAUUUUUAUAUAUUCGAUUCCUAACAACUACAACCACGAUAAUCUGCUUAAGUUCGUUUAUCCAUAUUUAAUGCCCCAACACUUUAAGCGACUUCAUCAUGUCUAGUACUAGUUUGAUAAACCUAAACUAUAUAUUUCAUAUAUGAAAUAAACUUUAGUAUAUAUGUAUUUAACCAAAAAAACAAACUUAGUAUAUAUAUAUAUAUAUAUUAUAUAUAUGUCAGUUCCUAUAUAUAAAUUUCAGAACGCAUAAACGAUACCAAAAAGGGAAUGUGAAUCUAUAUACAUGCUAUAUCCAAAAGGACAAAGAAGCCAUUACAAAACGUUCCCUUUGUCAUGGGAAGACAUCAACAAGAACGUUGACCACUAGCAUAUAUAAGCGGAUGUGUUUGAUUGGUUUUUAUGAGACGCACGUUAAAACUUUGAUAUAGUAAUCAAUUUAUACCACUAUUUAUCAAAGUUGAUUUAUGUUCCUUUUUCUUAAUACAGAUAUAUACUAUUUAACUUUCCACUAAUUAAUUUGGUAUAUUACAUACAUUAUAGGGUAAUAUAUGAAUCCAAAUAAUAAUAUUGAUCAAAAGCUUGCUAAGGCAGUUGAACAAAAAGUUAGGUGAAUAUAGUUGGCCUCGAUGUUAUAUACCCUUUUACUCUCAUUCUUCUUCUUUCUUCCCUACAAAUAUCCUUAUCACCUUUCUUCUUCUCUUCUCCUUCUUCUUGAUAUCCCCAAACAUAUACAUAAACAAACUUGCAUAUAGCGUGAGAAAGAGAUAAAUCUAGAUAGAGGAAGCUUCAAAAACAAAUGGAAGGGAUAGACAACACACACUCCAUGUUAACACUAGAAGAAGGCGAAAACAACCCUUUUUCUUCUUUUAACGGCAAACAGUUAAUGAUGAUGGUUCCUUCCUUAAUGUUUUCCGGCGAUAUGGGCACAUCUUCUUGUUCUCCAGCGAGUUUUCAUAUGUCUUCUCAGCCAGAGAACUUUCAAGGCGGAGGAGGAGGAGAGGCGAUGGAGAUGGAAGGAUUAAAUGAUCACAAUAAUAAAGGGAAAGGCAAGAGAUCGUCGGCCUUGCAGAGAAUUGCGUUUCAUACGAGGAGCGAUGAUGAUGUUCUUGAUGAUGGUUAUCGGUGGAGAAAAUACGGUCAAAAAUCUGUCAAAAACAAUGCUCAUCCCAGGAGCUAUUACAGAUGCACGUACCAUACAUGCAACGUGAAGAAACAAGUGCAAAGGUUGGCAAAAGAUCCAAAAGUUGUCGUAACAACCUACGAAGGUGUUCACAAUCAUCCUUGUGAGAAGCUAAUGGAGACUCUUAGUCCUCUCCUUCGGCAACUUCAGUUCCUCACCAGAGUUUCUGAUUUGUAAAUAUAAUUUAGUUGUGUAAUUAUGUAUAUUAAUCAUGAUUUCAUCACUCCAUUGACAAAACCAAUCCCUUGACCCCAAUCGAUUUCCCAAUAGAAAUGUAUAAAACAAAUCUUAAAUUAUAGGAUUUUCAUGUUUAUUGGGAUGGUAUUUGUUUGUUUUUUUCUUUGUUCUCUCCUUGCUGUGUAGUAUUUAUCGACGACUGAAUAAAGCGGC